CCGGUAUAAAAGCUGCGCACUCGCCGCUCACAGUCGCUCGUCUCAGUUAACUUAAUACAUGGAGAAAAUACAAACCGGACGUUUGGAGGAGACACCGGAGCUUUACAAACAGGAAUCAGGAUGGUCUAUACCACGGCUCUGCUCUUUGGACACGGAGUGCCCGUCUUGUCGGAGGAAGAAAGCGUCGUAGAGAUGAUAGGAAAGUACCUCUCCCAGCUUACAUCCCCGGGCCGAAAGACGAGCUCAGCCCGGCGGGGUAGCGUCGAGAGCUGCGAUGAGACAGACAGCAACUCGCCAUUGUACAACCUGGAUGCUGGUUUGGAGCAUGAAGAGCGGCUCCUUCAGCAGGAUGUGACCCAGCAGAUAGAGCGCUGUCUGACAGAGGCCAAGGCGUCCACCCUCCACUGCCAGGUGCUGCUGCUGCCACACCAGAUGACCACCAAGGUCGGCCAGGACGUGGUGCACUUCUCAGCUGAUGAGCCCUGUGGGCUCCGUGGCGCCUCUAUCAAGGUGUAUGUGGAGUGCAAAGAUGGCCUGAAGUCUGUGGGGAGCGUCUUCCCAGACCCGAGUGUCACGCCCACAUUUGAACUGUCUGUGAUCUUAAAGGCAGACAAGGAUGGCGGCUGGCCGCCGCUCAAGCACAUCUUUGGUACCAACAAAGUGUUGAAGCUGAGACCAGAGUACCGGCUGGUGAAGAGGAAGCUCUACUCCUCCGCCAGUCCUGUCAUCCAUGAUUUCCAUUAGGGGUGAAGUUGAGAUUGUGAACCCCCGUUCCACUGUUUACCUCUUCGUUAGUGUUUGAAUGUUAUUUUAAGGCUAGACGCACAAAGUCUAGCCUGGCAAGAUGCGGAAAAUGCUGGAUUUUCUCUGUGUUGAAUAAGAAAGUGGAUUGUUCUUUGUUUUAUGUAUGAAUGUCUUAGAGCAGGAGGUAACACUGCUUGUUUUCCUACACUGUAGCCAAUAUGACUGCAGUAUUUUGCACAGAACAGUUGACUGUUAGUGUACACUGUAAACAUGAACACAUCCUCCCAGGAAUGGGCGGGUCUCACUCCUGAAGUGUGCUGUACUUUUGCUACUGUUUGUUACUUUUGUUAUUUAUGAGACUUUGAAAUAAAUGUUGUU